GUAUCCGCCGUACUCGCGUCUGUCGCACACUUGAUCUGACCGCACGAAAGAAGAGCUGUUCAUCUUAACCUACCUGUGUGAAAACACCGCGAACACACACAGACAGAGGGACGCUCGGACAGACGCAGAGGCGUGUGGUGAGUGCUCUUAACCGCAUGGCGAGAGCGGGUUUAUAAAGAAAUAACGGCUCCACGGACAGCUGCUGUAGGCCUCUCCGCAAAACUAGCCCUCGCUGGACACGGCCUCUCACCCACCAGAGAAAUGGGUCUAAUCUUCGCCAAACUAUGGAGCUUCUUUUGUAAUCAAGAACACAAGGUGAUUAUUGUGGGAUUGGACAACGCUGGGAAAACAACUAUACUUUAUCAGUUUUUAAUGAAUGAGGUGGUGCACACAUCUCCUACGAUUGGCAGCAAUGUGGAAGAAAUAGUGGUGAAGAAAACCCACUUCCUGAUGUGGGAUAUUGGUGGUCAAGAGAGUCUCCGCUCUUCCUGGAACACAUACUACUCCAACACUGAGUUCAUCAUACUGGUAGUGGACAGUACGGACAGAGAGAGACUAGCCAUUUCAAAAGAAGAGCUUUACAGAAUGCUUGCGCACGAGGAUUUGCGCAAAGCUGCAGUGUUGAUCUUUGCUAAUAAGCAGGACAUGAAAGGAUGUAUGUCAGCAGCAGAGAUUUCCAAAUACCUGACACUCAGCUCCAUCAAGGAUCAUCCAUGGCACAUCCAGUCCUGCUGUGCGCUCACUGGAGAAGGGCUGUGUCAAGGUUUAGAAUGGAUGACCUCGAGGGCUGGACUCAGAUAGCCUCUGCUUUUCUGGCUAGACUGAUUGACAGUGAUUUCCACCUCCUCAGGUGGCAUCGCAGACUCAUCUCAUCGGCUGCUUACCUUUUAUUUUUAAUCUGUCGGUCAGAAUUGACACUAUGCAGCUGAACUGUCUGGACACCUACCUCAGCUGGGAUUUAACGGUAACGUGAAUCUGGUUUGAUGGAUUUGUCGAUCAGUACUAAAUCAGGAGCAAAUGGAUUUUUUUUACUGGGUGUAUAGCAGAGGAUAUUCAAAGUCCAAAGUGUUUCAGCCUAACAAGAGGCACUACAGUGUCUGGCGUUUGUUUAUGAGUUUUUAACACUGCCGAUGGAGCAGAAGUUCUCUGGAGGGGUUUAUUAAGCUAAUCAUGUAAGUUUUUCUUCCAAUCUAAUGGGAGGAAAGGAUUUGAAUGAUCUGGUACUUUUCAAGUGUGGCCAUUUAGUCCAUUGUUGUCGUUUUCGGGUCUGUUGUUCUCAGCUUUUUUGGGAUAAUGAGUUUUAAAAGUGCCAUUUGCUACCCACCAACACCACUAGCACUACAUAUCAAGGAAAUGCCUGAACAUAUCAUUUGACUCGGGCCACAUUACCUCAGUCAUUAGUUACAAUAGAGGGUGCUGUUAGACUGGGCCAUUUCAACUUGAAAGUUCACUUAUGGGGGUAUUUUUAAGAAGAAAAAAAGCAGGUAUGAUUAUCAUCGCUGUAAAAAAAAAAAGGCUGGGGUGCUCAUUUUUUUCAUAUGCAUUUGAUGUUUUUAUUUGCUUAAUUUCUCUGAAAUGGCACAUUAGAAUUUUUGUAAUGUCUGUUACGAGUGUGUGUGUGUGCGUGCGCAAUUUGAACAUGAAAAUGUCCAAUCUACAUAAGUGCAGCACUAGCAUGUUUUGUCGGUGUUUUAUGUUACCGUGCUACGUGUUGGGAUGUGGUUCCACCAAACAGGUCAUUCAGUUAUCAUAACAAAAUAGUUACUCUGAAAUGUUUGUUUCAUUUGCAAAUUCACUGCAGCUGCUCUUCAUUGGUCAACCAGCCAUAUAGCUGUGAUUUUAUUCACAAUUAAGUUUUGACUUCUUUUCUUUAGCUGUACAGCCUGAGGUCAUGUGCACUACAUUUGCAUUAUACUUUAGUCAAUUUAUUUUUGGUUCAGGCUGAAACUGUUCUUUCCUGUUUUCACAUUUUCCUAUUUUCUUCAUGCAGUGUUGCUUGAUGAAGGGAAACUCUUGCAAGACUUUGAUGCAGUGACUCUAAAGUGGUGCUCAAUGACAUUCUCCUCCCAACGGUCAAAUAUAAUUUGCAUAAUUAUUACUGGGUGCUGAUCUAAACAAAUCAAUCUCAUGGAUCUGUUGCUUUCUGUUUUGCAGGGGAUAUAUGGGGUGGUUCUCACUGUCGUGGACGUGUUGUAUACAUUUUAUACCACAACAGCAUAACAUUGACAAAUAUGGCUUUUCUGAUUAGCCGGGAAAGCAAUAGUUUGGCUGCUUAACAGGUCACCUUUAUGUAAACUCCCCUCUUUUGCAGUGUUUCUCAACCACGUUCCUGGAGGACCACCAGCACUGCAUGUUUUGGAUGUCUCCUUUGUCUGUCACACUCAUUCCACAUCUUUCAGUGUCUACUAAUGAGCUGAUGAUCUGAAUCAGGUGUGUUUAGUUAAGGAGACAUGGAAAAUGUGCAGGGCUGGUGGUCCCCCAGGAACACUGGUCUAAAGCAGGGGUGCCCAAACUCACUCAUGGAGGGCCGGUGUCCUGCAUAUUUUAGUUCAAACCCCAAUUAAACACACUUGAACCGGCUAAUUAAGCUCUUUCUAGGUAUACUAGAAACUUCCAGGACAGUGUGUUAAAGGAAGUUGGAGCUUAACUUGGUAGGACGCUGGCCCUCCAGGACUGAGUUUGGGCACUCCUGGUCUAAAGAAUCAAGUAUCAAUUACAACCCUGAUAUGAGUUUGUUGUAUUGUACCAUUCUGGACGGAGGUCUUUUGGAAAAAAAACUAUUUAAGAGUGUAAAUGUGGCUCACCCAGAGGAAUGGGAAUUAUGUGUUGCUGCAGACGCCUCAGAGGAGUGUAUUAUUGUGUUCUUGGUCAAACCAUUCAGUUCUCAGAUGUGCCAUUUCUAAAUGAGCAGGUGAAAUCUGUAGCAACUUUCCUAAUUCUUAUAGUUUUAUAAUAAAAGCUUUUAUUUUGAAAUCA